GAUCUGCUGGGUUCCUGUCCUCACAAAAGUCUUCUUCAUUCAGUCCUGAGGGGUGUGUAGAGAUGAUGUGUCGCGGGGGGGUCGCCAUCAGGGUGGCGCACAGCCUGGACACCGUUCACCCCACAGGAUCGGGAUGUUCCGAGCUCCAACUAUGAACGAGCUGCAACAGGAUCCGAGGAUUACAGGCAAGUUUCCAAAGCUGCUGAGAACUCCCGAGGUCUGUGAGAGGAUGAGAGAGACGUUCCUGUGAGCUCCUGUCAGACUGAGGCAGCAGUGUGGAGGAAUGCAGCAGACUGUCUGUAGCCCCCAUACAGCGGCAGUCCAUCCCUAAGGCAUCUGACGGGGGUGCAGCAGGAGCUCUGGACAGACCCGACCAUGAAGUCCGAGAAGGCCCAAGGUGUCGCACCAUCUUCUCCCGGCCGAUGCAAGCGCCGCUUCACCCUACGCAGCCAAAAGAAGAAGGACGGGGUGAUUCGAGGCAAGCUUCGCAUCCGCUCCAUACCUGGAGCCUUCCUGGUGCUGGGGGUCAUCGUGGUGGUUGUUGGCACGGCGCUGGCUGUGGUGGGGUACUGGCCCUACCGGAUAUCCAGGGUGCCCCUCCUGGGAGCCGCAGAAGGGGACGGUAUCUCUGAGUCGCAGAGUUCUGGCUGGAGUCUGGGAGCCAAGAGCCUCCUCUCCACAGCCAGCUUCAUCCACAGUGAGCGGAUGAAGCUGCUGGGGCCCGUAAUCAUGGGGGUGGGCCUCUUCAUCCUCAUAUGUGCCAACACUGUCCUGUACGAGAACCGGGACCGGGAGACGCAGAUGCUGCUGGCUCAGAUGCACAGCGUGAUCUGCUCCGUCUCCGCGGUCGUCCCCUCAGCGGACCUCAAAGACAUUGCUGUAGCCAACUCCAUGUCCAGACACUAUGAGUGGCUGAGCAGUUUACCCGCCGCCCACCUCAACAUCCUCUGUGUGCAGCAGUUCACCAGUUCUGAGCCCCUGCUGCGGACCAGACCCCAUGCAGAACAGGAAGACCAGGCGGAGGGCAUCUACCAGCAGCAGGAGGUCCUCCAGACAGAAGCCCUCCACCACCAGGAGUCAGAGCAUCCGUCUUCCCUCACCUCCUCCCCCUCUAACUCCUGUAACUCCAGUCAGACUGAUUUGAAUUCGCAGUCCGGAGCUGAGGAUGGUUCCAGCUUCACUCGCCCGCUCGUCACCAACUUUCUGCAGUCGGCCAGCUCCAUGUCCACACUGGAGGAGUUGGAAAACCACGCCACGCAGCUGAGACGCUGCCACAGUAUGAGCUACAGGACUAACCCGUACACAGUUCCGACUGUGCGUCUGGAGGGUGGAGAGGAGGGGGAGAUAAAUCAACAGGUGGUCUCAGGAAGAGAGACUUCCUCACAGGUUUGCGUGAACAUCCCUUGGGCGGUAGUGGACACCACAGAGGAGCAAACUCACCGAAGCUGGCCUCGGCUGGACCUGGGCGGCGGGAGGCGGUACCUGAAGCUGGAGAACAAGGAGGACUCGGUGGACCGGCUGCUGGGGCAGCUGGAACAGCAGUGUGUGCAGUGGGAUAAGAGUUUUGGAUCCGGGCCUUUCCAGUGAUCGGCUGCUUUUUAUGGUCCUAAAGGGGAACUCUGGAUACAAAACACAACCAUCGUGAUAUCUUCCUGAGGAUAAUUUUGACUUAUUUAGUAUGGGGCAGAAGCAAUGAGCCCUGGAUCAUAAGGAGUAGAGUCUUUCUCACAGGAUCUUCCAACACUAGAGCACUUUCGCAAUCUUCUGUGGAAUAUUGAUAUGCAGAGGUUACAGUCUUGGCUUCCAAUCUGAUUCGCCAGAUGUUUUAUAUAAUUGAAGAAAAAAAAGCAGGCUCUGCACUGUCACAGAUCAGCAAAACAGUUUGACACACUGUUUACUUCUGCAGUUUGGGGUUGGCAGCAAUGCCAGGUUUGAACUUGUUUCUCAAAGCAAAGCUGGGUUCGACCGUUUCUAGGACACAGUGUGCUGCAGAGAUAGAAGGGCGAUGGGUUUCACUGUGCAAACAACUCCGAACCAAACUACCUGGACCUGAGUCAAUGAAGUGCUGACAUCUCCUGACAAAUGCAAGUGGUAUAUUACUAUGGGAAUUGUUUUCCUCCGAUGAGGUCCCAUACUCCAAAUGCAAUGCAUGGCAGUGAUGUACAGUAUGUUACAUCUUAAUACUUAUGCAGAGUAAUGUCAUUGUGGGUUUAUGUGUAUAACAAGUGAUGAUAGUGAAAGGACAAUUCUGGUUAUUAUAGCUUGGGUCUUAUUUUCUUAGGCUUGGCCAUUGUUUGUAUGGUAACAUUGGUAACAACCUUCACGUGUUAGCCUAUUUUGCAGUUAUGUUUAUAUUUUGUCAUAUUACUUUUUAUCCUUAAGGUUCAAAUAUAUCUGAAAAUUGUAUUAAAUAGAACAUUUGUCUACUGCAAACUGUGAAAGAAUGAGAAUAAUGCAGUGCAGAGCCACAGCUUCAACCAAACAACACAUAACAGCACUAGGCAACAUUUAAUGGAGGGUUUAUAACAGACUAUAUUGUUUACGUUAGCAGAUUUACUGUUUAUUAUGCAUUUACUGCCCCUGUGGGCCCAUGUAAGCUGGAGCUGCUGUACAAACCUAGUGAAUGGCAAUAUAUCUGUGCACGGUUGUAAAGUGUCAACUUUGAGAAUUAGUAUACACUAUGACCCCCCCAACACAAUAUGUCAAGAAGUGAGAAGAAAGGGAUUAUAGACCUGGGCGUAAAAAAGUGAGACCAAAAUUUAAACUGCUGAUUAAUACUGUACAGCAGUCAGCGCUUAUAGCUGUGUCAAAUACAUUAUAGUGUGUUAUGAACCAUUAUUAUUCUACAUAUAGGGACUGUGGAAGCUACAGAGUGGGGCAGGGAUGAUGUAUAUUUGUACGAUGGCCCGGAAGUAAGCAUCACAUGGCUACCUUGACAAAAACAAUGGGAUUUUUCCGUUGGAUUUGGAAAAUUGCAGAAAACAAGUUCAUGUGUUUUGAUACUCGUCAAUUUUGUCCAGUAGGAUAAUCUCCACAUAUUAACAUUAUAAUAGUUGAAACAUUAGAUUAGAUUUAAAGCUUCAGACAUACACCAGUGAGGAAUUUACUGACCAAUUUUGUGUUGUGGAACCAAAUCUCUCAACGCAGAGGGGAAUCAAACCAAAAACUCAUCAAAGAAAACAUCGACUUCAAGAUGAGCAAACCAGACGUGUUAAAAUGCUGACUCAUUAAAGGGUUCAAGACUCAGUACUUGCAACACUGCUUUUGGGAUUUAAUUGUUAUUAUUAUUAAAUUGAUGGCCCAAACUAUUAAAAUAGGACCCAAGUUGUACAAAGGUUGGUCCUUAAUAAUGAAGGGAAGCUCUUUGUCGUCUUUAUUGUGGAUGCUGCAGUAUUUUGUCAUAAUGGAAGCAGGGACCCCUCUUCUCCUCCGCUGGUCUCCUGGUGACAAUCUAACCCCCCCCCCCCCCAACCUUUCAACAAAUGGAUGAAAGGGAUUGUGGAGACGAGGCUCACCCGCAGCUCCAGUAAGACGAAGUGAUCCGUCCACUGCUACAGCUGAGUGUGUGUCAGAGAGGGAAGAACAAUAUCAAUCCCGGUCUCAUGGGCCCCCCUGCUUCCCCAUCCACCCAAGCAACACGGGCAGAUGUGCAGAGGCGACCCCUCCAUGUUUGAAACGUCUUUCUCUGGUUAUCUGUGUGUGCUGCCUGUUCUGUAUGCCAUGUGUGUUCUAAAUGUAUACUAAGCAAUAUGAGCGGUUCAGCAGAACAAUCAGCGGCUCGUCUUGCUCUGUGUCCACCACAGAAAUAAACAACAUUGCCAUGCCUGUGUUGCAAGUAUAAGGCAAAGCAAAAGCA